AAUUGUUAGUUUUUUUGGCAUUUGGCAUUUAUUCAAGAUAUCUGACGUUAAACAAUGACCAGCGGUUCGGUGAAAGUCGAUGGUAACGAUGUAUGGUAUGAGCGAUUUGGGUCCGGCCCUCACGCCAUACUCGUGUUCCCCGGUGCCAUAGGCACCGGGCGGUCAGACUUUGGGCCCCAAAUCAAAGGCGAGUUUGCCUUAAAUCUCAAGAAAUACACUUUAGUGACAGUCGAGCCGUUGGGUUGGGGCCGCUCUCGACCUCCACUCCGUAUAUAUGAUUCCCAGACCUACAACAAAGACGCUCUGUCCGGCAAAAUUAUCAUGGAGUCACUGGGCUAUCAAACAUACUCGACCAUGGGCUGGUCGGACGGGGCCAAAACAGCCUUAUUGGUGGCGGCCCAGUACCCAUCUAGGGUGACCAGUUGCGUGGUGUGGGGAGUGGUGACGUACGCCACUAAACGGGAUAUCGACGCACUGGUAAUGACCAAGAACAUCAAGUACUGGGGCGCGGAUCUCAUCAAAAACUACGAGACCGUCUACGGGGACGACUGGGCCGGACUCUGGACCCGACACAUAGAGUUUCUCGAGAAGAUACGGGAGAUAUUUCCCGACGGGUUUGUCAAGAAUGACCUGCAGAAAAUCCGGUGCCCACUGUUUGUGCUUCACGGCGAUCAGGACCCCAUGGUAAACCUGGAACACCCGGAGCACGUGAUCAAAAACAUAUCCGACUCCCGAUUGCAUCGUUUCCCCAAAGGCUCCCAUAAUUUACAUUUGGUUUUUGCCAAAGAAUUCAAACAAUUGGUCGAAGACUUUCUCUCGGAUACUGAAGAUAUGGGAUAUUAAUAUAACCA